GUACUGGUCUCCGUAACCUCAACCUUCCUUUCUUCUUUCUACUUCUUCUUCAGCAGCAGUUUUUAAACCACUUCCGCAAAGAUCACUAGGUGACUUGGUAAAUCAUUUGACAAUGGUAACAUAUGGUCGUAUCGGAAUCGACUCAUGCACCAACCUCGUGUCUGGAAGUCGACUUGGGAGGACGUCUAUGUAAGAGUGAGCUUACAAGCAUCCACAACAUUUAGUGGAGACACAUACAAGCUCUAGGACCCUUGCCGACAAGCGCUCUUAAUUGACUUAAUUGACUGCAACGAGCAGCGCGUUCGGGUCGCGUACUCAGUACCGAAAGACGAGUCAACUCCAGUUCAUCGCUCGAUAUCAGAUAUCCUGGGAAGCUGACAAGAUAAAUCUCCUAGAUUUGAAAUUGGGAUUGUCCAUCCCGCUGUAGGCUAGUUCGUACCUGUCAAUGUGCCAUAUAGAGUAACUAACUCCGACACUUCAAAUACAUUGAUGGCUUCCCCCUCCAUCGCUCUUUGGGUUGCAAUCGCCGGCGCCGUGGCAUUGCUGUCGGCGUAUACAAUGGGUGCCUUUUCGAGCAAGAACCACAUGCCCGUUGAUGGCAAGACGGUACUGAUCACGGGUGCCUCGGAGGGCAUGGGCAGGAGCGCAGCCCGACAACUUGCUGCCAAAGGUGCCAACGUCGUGAUAGUCUCGCGCAAUGUCUCCAGGCUUGAGGAGUCGCUGGCCGAGAUCAAAGCCGCAGCCCGCAACCCCCAAACCCAGCGCUUCCACUACAUCUCAGCCGACGUCUCAAAACCCGACUACGCACGCUCCCUAAUCGCCGAAGCCAUAGCCUGGAACAACAACCAAGCCCUUGACAUCGUAUGGUGCGUGGCCGGCAAGUCGACACCCGACUUCUGGGUCGAGGCACCGCUGUCCCUGACGCGCGACCAGAUGGACAUCAACUUCUGGGGCAGUGCCGAAAUGGCCCAUGCCAUCAUUCGCGAGUGGUGCGCGCCCCCCGCUCCCGUUCUGCCGGAGCCGAAACAUCUCAUCUUCACCUCGUCCGUGCUCGCCUUCUACCCCAUCGUCGGAUACGGGCCCUAUAGCCCGGCCAAGGCGGCCCUGCGAGCGCUUGCCGAUACCCUGGUGCAGGAGUUGGAGAUGUAUCCGCAGAAGGUCAAGAUCCAUGUUGUGUAUCCGGGGUCCAUACAGAGUCCUGGAUUUGAUCGGGAGAACAAGACGAAACCCAAGAUUACGCAGAUUCUCGAGGAAGGCGAUCCGGUGCAAAGCCCUGAUGCGGUCGCUGCUUCUGCUAUUAAUGGACUGGAAAAGGGGCAGUACUUCAUCACUGUCGCAUUCCUCGGCCAUGUCCUCCGGUGGAGUGCUCUGGGAGGUUCUCCGAGGAACAACUGGUUUGUCGAUACUAUCAUGUGCUGGAUUCUGCAGUUUGCGUGGAUGUUCGCGCUACCUGAUAUGUUUGGCAAGAUCAGGAAGUUUGCCAAGGAGAACGGACACCCUGUGAAUUAUCGAAAGAAGGGAAAUAACGAAUGAGCACGGCACAUUUGUGAUGGCGCAGCCUGCGUACGCAGAGCAUGUAACUAAGAUCUGCAACAUAAACCAUAUUCCUAUAUUGGACUUCAC